AUGAAGAAAGAGAAAGAUGGGAUUUCCAGCAGAAGCAAUGCUUCUAGGAUCGAUGCCUGGCGCGCUACCGUCUCAAGUUUCAGCAUCCGCGGCUCAGCAUCGCCAGAGUCUUUCAAUCGUCAUCGACUACCGCCUUUUGACUUGGACGAAAUCCCAUUGGAUGGAAAAAAGGCUCUUACUGGUCCGAUCAAGCCAAACCAAUUCUUGUCUCCUCCCAGCUCACCACCUUCGUUUUGCUCGACCAUUCAGGACUCUGAAGCGACUGAUCCUCUAUCAACUGGUCCCAGUCAGAGCGUUCGACAACUAUACUCGACUGGAAACCCAUCUUCAACUACACUUUUGAGUGUUGAUAUACAUGAAUGCAUUCUAUCCGCACCAAAAUCCAGCUAUAAAGACUUCGAACCCCCUAAUGGCAUGUCAAUCAUGUCCGAGUGGAGAGCACUUCAAAAACUCUCGCCAUAUAUGGAUGCAUCGAAAACAGAUGAAUGCGCACAAGAUUUCAAAGAGAUACUUCUCAGUGACUUUUCAAUCUACCUCGAUACCCCUGAUUAUCCGGAAGAGAUGCGGUCUCUCCACCACCUAAACACAAAAAUAAGACAUGGCAACUUCUUUUUUGACGGCGUGCUCGGCAUUGGCAACGAAAAAGUAUAUGUGCGUCGGAUUCAGAUAGCUGCGGUUCCCAUUGGCAACUACGGCUCGGUCUCGAAGCACACUGUCCGGGGCAGCAUUUGGCUACAGUCCCCAUUGGGUUCUAAACAGGCGUUAUUUUACAAAUUGGGAAAACCGGCACGGGAAUACGGGCGUUUCUUUUACCCCUUUUUAUGGGUUGCCGACUUGGCGAAGCAUUUUGUGGACUUUCUUUUCAUCAUGGCGGAAAACGGGCGCAAGGUUUCCAUUCAUCACUUUCGAUCGACUUUUGUUGCGUGGCUGAAGAAGAGCCACAGGGGAGCGCCGGAGUUUCUGGAGUGGUUGAGCCAACACCCAAGCGAGGACUAUCGGACUUCGGUUGUUGCCAACAUCAAAUUUCUCUACAAGGAGGCUGUAGGGGUGUUGAGUCACCCGAAAGCUUGCCUUCACACGAUAUGGGCUGAAGUUUUGGACUUUCAGCUGUUUAAGAGCUUGCCUGCGGUGGCGGAUCCCCCAACGAUCGUUACUCAGUACAUAUACGAUUGCUUUGAACAUUUGCCGUUUGGCGAUCGUCUUCAGGUUAUUCCCUUGAGCCUCAAGACUACUAAGCUUCGCAAUGAAUUGAUCCGUCAACGGCACUUGGAAUACCCGUCGAGUUUACACCACGCUGCGAAAGACCUUGUUGCGCCAUCACAAGAGACUAUCAAUAACAUCAAGCCUGGCGAUACCAUUUCGACGCACAGGGAUGAUGUAGCGUCCGGCACGAUAUGGAAGAGAGAGCUCUCCAAGGGUUUCUCAGAUGUGGACCGAUGGUUCGCCCGGGUGCAAUCUGUUCACGUUGACAGAAAAGGACUGCGCACAUUCGAUGUGAUUUGGUACUAUCGACCGGUAGACACCCUCUGCGGCUUGAUGAAAUAUCCAUGGAACAAUGAGCUAUUCCUCUCCGACCACUGUUCUUGCUCGGAACCCUCCAAAAUCGACGAAGACGAGAUUCUCGGCGUUCACGACGUCGAAUUCUGGGCAACAUCAACAACAAAAGCAGAGUUCUUCUGCCGGCAAACCUAUCUCCAGGAAGAACGAAGAUGGGUGACGUUGAAGGAAAGCCACCUGUGGUGCGAGCAUACUGGGGUACAGCAACCAAAGACGGCCUCCGCGCCGGCAUAUCAACCCGGAGAGACAUAUUUGCUGCACCUAGACUUGAAGAGCGACGUUUCGGAGCCCUGUGAAUACAUCGGCUUGGCUAGAGAAGGCAGCGCCAGAGUUUAUAAGUUCAGACGACUUCUACGCCGUAGACUGGUUGAUUCAAACGCACCAAACGCGCGACCAAACGAGCUUGUUUACAGCGAGAAAACCGUCAAAGUAAGGAAGAGCCAAAUCCUGACCUCUUGCUCAGUGAGAUUCUUUCGAGACGGUGAUACGAUUGCUACGCCAUAUGAUCGCAAUGGUACGGGAAAUCUCUUCUACAUCACCCACCAGCAAAUUCUCAUUGAUGGAAUUUCAUUUUACACCCCGUUGAAGACAGCACCAGCUUCUCUGCAGCAAGGACCCAGUUCCCUCCCGGCAACAGAAAAACUCCGCGGAAUUGACUUGUUCUGCGGAGGAGGCAACUUUGGCAGAGGCCUUGAAGAUGGCGGAGCCAUCCAAAUGAAAUGGGCCAACGACUAUGACAGCAAAGCCAUCCACACUUACAUGGCAAACGUCAAGAACCCCCAAGACCUUGACCCCUUUCUCGGCUCCAUUGACGAUUUACAGCGUCUAUCCAUGCAAGGCGACUUUGCAAAGAAUGUGCCGCAGAUUGGAGACGUCGACUUUAUAUCUGGCGGCAGCCCCUGUCCUGGCUUCUCCGCCCUCACCAACGACAAGACCACCGCGGCACAGCGCAAGAACCAAUCGCUCGUCGCAGCCUUUGCAUCCUUUGUCGACCUCUACCGUCCCAAAUACGGCGUGCUCGAAAACGUCCCCGGCAUAGUCAACAAGAAGACCGCCCGAGACCAAGACGUCUUCAGCCAGCUCAUCUGCGCCCUCGUCGGCCUCGGCUACCAAACGCACUUCUUCUUCCUCGACGCAUCGUCAUGCGGCUCGCCGCAGCGCAGACCUCGCAUCUUCGUCGUCUUUGCCGCCCCCGGGCUCGAGCUGCCCAAGAAGCCGCCGCAUACCCAUUCGCAUCCCGCAAACACGCGCGAGCUCGGCAUCGGAUACCUGCCCAACGGCCAGAGCAUGGCCGCUCGAGAAAUGCCCACGGCCACGCCGUUCAAAUACGUGACGGCAGAAGAAGCAGUGUCGGACUUGCCUGCGAUCCACGACGCCCAGCCCGACAUCUGCGUCCCGUAUCCCGACCACCGCCCGACAAGGGGCCACACCAAGACGCAACGAGCUCGCAUAUCCGCCAUCCCAACCCAGCCAUGGGGCAUGGACUUUGCAACAGCCUGGUACGGCCAAGACCGGUCCAAGGGACAAGCCGGCGCCGGCGCAAUGACAGCAGCCGAGCGCGACAUGUUCUACAAGGCAAGCAGCCCAUCUUCAAAAGAGCCCAUGAACACGCUCCCCGCGUCAAAAGCAUACGGGCGAAUGUUCCCCAACAAGCUCUUCGAGACCAUUGUCACGGCAACAACACCCACAGACGCCAAAAACGGGCGCGUCCUCCACUGGCGAGAAAACAGACUCAUCACCGUCAUGGAAGCGCGCCGGGCACAAGGCUUCCGCGACGAGGAAGUCCUCCUGGGAGACCCGGGGACGCAGUACAAAAUCGUCGGCAACAGCGUGGCGAGACAGGUCGCCGUCGCUCUGGGAAUCACGUUCCGCGACGCAUGGGCCACGAGUCUGGAAAGAAACAAGAAGCCCAAGUUUGCAAAUCGUUAUGCUGUGGAAGAGGCAGAUGCCCCAGAUGCUGUUGAUGAGUCCUCCCAGGCUGGGUCUCUUCCUCCUGAUACGACGGCGCAGACCACCGCUUCCAGAGACUCCACGCCUUUGACAUCAGUAGAGAGCGUGCAAGAUGGCGGUCGCUCAACUCGGCAGGCAAAGUUCACAGGCGGUUGUAAACGUGCGUAUUCUUCAGAAGGCCUAGUCGUGGAGAUAUCUCAAGCUUUGAAGAGGCCAAGGUUGGGCAGUGGUGCACGAAUGCCUGCCGAACUUUAA